AUGGAACGAGCGUCCAACAGGUGGCUUGCUGCGCCGCUGGCUUGGGCGCUGCUCUUCCUGCUCCUCGCUAACCAGUACGUGUCGCCCGCCUGCCCCCGGCGCCGCUGCCCCCGCCGCGCCCGGCGGCCUCGGCCGCCCGCCGCGGGGGGGCCGGCGGAGCGGGAGGAGGAAGGAGGAGGCGGCGGGCGCUGCCAGGCUUGGCGGCCCAGAUUCCCGUUUCGCGAACGGGAGAGCUUGGUGCGGUUCGACAUGCGGGGCCGCGACGUGAUCGUCUUCCUCCACAUCCAGAAGACGGGCGGCACCACCUUCGGGCGGCACCUGGUGCGCAACAUCCACCUGGAACAGCCCUGUUACUGCCGGGCCGGGCAGAAGAAGUGCGCCUGCCACCGCCCGGGCGGCGACAAGGACACCUGGCUCUUCUCCCGCUUCUCCACCGGCUGGAGCUGCGGGCUGCACGCCGACUGGACCGAGCUCACCAGCUGCGUGCCCGCCGCCAUGGAGCGCCGCGGAUGCGCCGGUAACCGCACCCUCAGAAAUUUCUAUUACAUCACAAUGCUGAGAGAUCCAGUGUCAAGGUACUUGAGUGAAUGGAAGCAUGUCCAGAGGGGUGCGACGUGGAAAACUUCCCUUCAUAUGUGCGAUGGAAGAAGCCCAACACCAGACGAGCUGCCUACCUGUUAUGAAGGAGAUGACUGGUCUGGAGUCAGUUUACAGGAAUUCAUGGAUUGUAGCUACAACUUGGCCAACAAUCGCCAGGUGCGCAUGCUGGCAGACCUCAGCCUGGUGGGAUGCUACAACCUGACUUUUAUGAACGAGAGUGAAAGAAAUAUGAUUCUUCUCCAAAGCGCCAAGAACAAUCUGAAAAAUAUGGCCUUCUUUGGGCUGACAGAAUUUCAGAGGAAAACACAGUAUCUCUUUGAGAGAACAUUCAACCUGAAAUUCAUUUCCCCAUUCACCCAGUUCAAUGUUACGCGGGCCUCCAACGUGGACAUUGGCGAGGAUGUGCGGCAACGGAUAGAGGAGCUGAAUUUCUUGGACAUGCAGCUGUAUGAAUAUGCGAAGGACCUGUUCCUGCAGCGCUUCCAGUACUCCAAGCAAGAGGAGCAUCAGAAAAACCGGCUGAAGAGGCGAGAGGAGCGGCGACUGCUGAGGGAGCAGAGAGUUCACCAGUGGCCAAGGGAAGAGGCAGCAGAAGUAGCCAUUACAGAAGAUUAUAACAGUCAGGUCGCAAGGUGGUGAUGCUCCUCCACCUUGACUACCCAAUGAGAGGAUUAGAGAGUUUGUGCAACUUGGCUACCUGGGAAUUAGCCAAGGAAGACCUACUGCUUUGGUAAAUGAGACCUCGUCUGACAACUACCCCUCCUUGUCUCAGUUUUUUUUUUGGUUUCUGCCAGUGAAAAUGUAUUGUUUUCUCAAUAGGUACUGAGUAGUGUUCCUAAAUGGCAGUAGAAUAAGAUUCUCUGUCCAAAAAGACUUCCUUCAAAGCCCUAAGCUACGAGGACGGGUUGAAGAGAGAGCUAUAUCCUUUGCAUUAACAGAUGUACCCUAUACAAUCUGAGCUACUAAAACUUGUGCAGACAUGAAUGAAAAAUUGGGAAAAAAUACCUGGCUUGGCUCCUUUGUGACAUGAGAGCUGGUUUAUUUGGUACUGUUCCUUGCAACUGUAGUGCAUAACUUUCUAGUCAAUGAAAUGGAGGAAGGUACCCACUUUGCCCUCCAAACUUCUACAUGCUGUGUUUCAAUUAAGGGAAGAAUUUGGUGAGAUGAUAAAAAAGACCUAGAAAGUGUGGGAUUGGGACAUUGCUUGUUCUGUUCUGUUAGCCAGCAAGCAGAGAUGGUUUAUAGGUGAAGUGGUGAAGGGGUUAGCUUAUUUCUCUGCAGAUUCUGAGAGUACCAAACCCAGCCUGGUAACAGCCAUCUUUCUGAGUGUAUGUGGCAAAGGCAAAGCCUUGAGAAAUGAGGUCCAUGUGGCAGCUGGGCACACAUUAUGGAGAUAAUCUGGCUGGAGGCAAUGAAAUCUGCCUUCACAUUCACAAAAGAGAUCAAGCAAACUACAGAGAAGAGGAAAGAGAGAGCAGGAAAAGCUUAAAUAUCAGUGUGACAUUUUCCAGAUUUGCUGUAAAAGCCUGGAAAUAUAUUGUCUGUGAAGUUAGGCAGGUUUAUGAUAUUGUCUGUUAAAAUACAUUGAUACCAAGUGAAUACAAUUUAAAUUGGUUUUCUCUCUAACUACAGUAGUGGCUUUAAAAAAAGCAGCUUUCAUUUUUAUAGGAUACAUAAUGGAUAUGUGGAAAGUCUUGAUAUUUAUUACUCUGUAUGAAAAUUCUUUGUAAAUUUAUUGUUUUCUCGAUGAGAGAUCUGUAUCUGUUUUUCUUCCUUGUCUAGAAAAAUAUUCAAUGGGUUCUUCCUCCACGUGUUACAUUCUUAUGGCUAAACUGCAUCUGUUUAUUCCAAUAUUUUAUGUUUUUUCAUUUGUAACAGUGAAAUUUCAAAAAGAGGGUCCUGUGUAACAUAGAUCUUCUGAGAGUCUUUUUCCUUCUUCUUCUAGCAUAACUGUAAAGCAUUAGGAGGAAAUUUCUCUAAGUGCCUCAACGUGGCUGCUAAAUCGAGAUGCUGAAAGUAUAUUAUUGCAUGCAUGAAUGGCUUUUACCUUACAGAUUUACUAAUUAGAAGUACUGGAGUACCUGAUGUGGAUGCACACUUCUCAUUUGUUUGCAGAAUUUGAGGUUUCUAUCCAGUUGGUUAAAAAAAUAAUGCAUUACAUAAAAAAGAGGCUGAAUUUGAAAAUUGAUUCCUUCAUUUCUAAGUUAGGGGGGUUUUUGUGCAUGCUGUAGCUUCUUUUCUUCCGACAAUGCUCUUGCUACUUAUCUAUGCAGGAUAUCAAAAAUACAAUCUAAUGAUCCCAUUGAGAGUUAAUGCAUACAGUAAUACAUUAAACAUGAAGUAUCAUAAUAGCAUGAAGAAGUGAAGAGGCAUACUGGGAUGAUACCUCAUUAUCAAUGUAGUUCAUUAGCAAUACACUGCUUUACAUCUGAUUGUCAAUGUGCUACUUU